UCGUCAAGGCAAGAUCUAACUUAAACUGCUAUAAAUUGGCAAAAAUGCCGAUUAUUACCGAAAGAACAUCACUGACGAGAUCCUCAGAUCCCCCCACGUACGUCGAGUACGCGGGGAUGAUGAGGGCGAGGAGAUCUAGAGUUCGGCAAUUUCAGUGCUGUGUUUGUGCGAUUCUCUUGUCUCUCCUCGUGAUGGCCCUCAUCAUGUCGAUCAGCUACGAGCUCUCUCCACGGGUAUUAGACCCUGACGAGACACCGAACGAGUCCCCAACGGCUGCACCGAACUUGACAACUCUUCUUCAAUUAGGAUCUCCACUGGAUGCGUUCCUCCCCAGGCAAUCCCUCGACGGCAAUUCCCCGGAGCCAGAAGAACACCCUAUCAAUCAUCAAUCUCUAACUCAAGAGGAAUGGUCCGGUGCUGUGAAGAUCGGGAAGGAAGCGAUUGUGGCUCGAUUGAAAGCAAACGAAGUGGCGACGAGUUUCAUGCCAGGAGAGAUGUCCCCUAACAUUCGUCACAGCUACGCGGUGAGCACAGGACCAACAGCCGGAAGACUAGCUCUAGCGGGUGUUGGUGAAGUGGCUGCUAGCAGACACGUGGAGUCCUCGAGGAGAGCAAAAGGCUUUCCAUCAGCUUUUGGGGCGUAUUUCGAUGGCAAGUGGUCAGGUGUCUCAACUUGUGUUGAUAACGACGAAAGCCUCAAGUGCGAUUGGACCCGGAAGUAUCGAAACAUCAACGGCACCUGCAAUUACCCUGGAAAUAAGGGCGCGGCCUUCACGCCGUUCAGGAGGGCUCUUCCACCAGCGUAUUUUGAUGGAAUUGAUGCUCCCAGGAGUGGAGCAUCGGGGAGGGCAUUGCCAUCGCCUCGAGAAAUCUCGCUGAGGGUUCAUGGACCCUCUCCGAGCUCCAAUCCGUCGUUCACUGUGAUGCUUGCAGUCUUCGGACAGUUCAUCGAUCACGAUAUGACUGCCACUGCCAAUGGCAGAGGAAAAAACGACAGCACUCUCGCCUGCUGUCCACCUAGCAAGGGCCAUCCUGAGUGUUUCCCCGUGGCUAUUGGACCUGGAGAUCCUGCUUAUGAUUAUGCUGGCAAAACCUGCAUGGAGUUCGUCAGGUCGUCGCCUGCUGCGCAGUGCAAGAUCGGGCCGAGACAACAAUUGAAUCAGGUAACCGGUUUCAUCGACGGAUCGGUGAUUUAUGGCUCUGACGACGUCACAGCGAGCUCCCUGCGAUCCCCGAAAUCGGGAAAACUCCGGAUGUUCAAAACCCCGGAUGGAAGAUUUCUCCUACCCCUCAGCACAGACCCGAACGACGGUUGCAAUCGCCCGAGGGAGCGGUCACGUGGCCGGUACUGUUUCACCUCUGGAGAUGCUCGAGCUAACGAGAAUCUACACCUCACCACGAUGCAUAUCCUGUGGGCGCGCCAGCACAACUCCAUAGUAGAUCGUCUCUCAAAGGAAAAUCCCUCCUGGAGCGACGAUAAGCUCUACCAGGAGGGUAGACGAAUCGUCGGAGCUCAGCUCCAGCACAUAACGUACAACGAAUUUCUCCCGCUUGUUCUGGGGGAGAGAGACGUCGCCCUGAGAGGACUCCGACCCCUCAAUGGUGGAACUCAUCGAGAGACCGAGAGUGAAGCCCCGGAACCCACGAUCGCCAACAAUUUCGCAACAUCUGCCUUUCGAUUCGCUCAUUCGCUCCUCCCAGGGCUCAUGAAAAUGACGGACGCCCAGAAUGGAACGGAGGACUACAUAGAGCUCCACAGAAUGCUCUUCAACCCGUACAGUUUGUACUCCAGAAAAGGAGUCGAGAGCUCCGUGAUGUCGGCGGCUUCCAACAAUAUCCAGAGGACUUCCCCCCACGUCACCUCUGAACUAACCAGACACCUGUUCGAGGACCCACUAGACCGGAGUGAGGACAAGCCCAGGUUGCCCUGUGGCCUUGACCUCGUGUCCUUGAACAUUCAGAGGGGAAGGGAUCAUGGACUGCCGGGGUACACCAGCUGGAGGAAAUACUGCAACCUCACGAGACCACAGAAAUUCGAGGAUCUCGAGGAGAUCAUGGAUUCAGAGACUCUCAGGGAAAUCGAAAGGGUUUAUGGCGAAGUGGAUGACGUCGAUCUUUAUACUGGAGCACUUGCUGAAAAAACUACUGGGGAUGGAAUCGUCGGGCCGACCUUUAGUUGUCUCAUUGGUGAUCAGUUUCAGAGACUUCAGAGGGGUGAUCGGUUCUGGUAUGAGAAUGCUCAACACCCAUAUCCAUUCACUGAAGAACAAUUGAUGGAGAUCAGAAAGACCACUCUUGCGAGGCUGAUCUGCGACUGUUCUGACAGUAUCGAUAAAAUACAACCCCAGGUCAUGAGGUCUGUCGAUGCCAGUAAUCCUAUCACUUCUUGCAACGAUAUCCCCAUGCCAAAUUUCACCCUCUGGAGAGAGACUAAUUAAUUCAGUGUAUUAUACUGACAAUCUUCAUAUUUUAAAGGAAGGGAGAAUAUUCAUAAUUAAUGGUUUUUUGAAUUUUCUUCUAGCGUGCAAUUAUUAAUUUCCGAGAUCCCGAAUAUAUAUUUGCCCUCAUUUCUUCACCUGGGGUUUUUCAUGUCUCCUAUUUCAUUUCUUCGAAUUUUCAUAAAUUUGAAUUAAAUAAAAAUCGCUAGUUUUGUGGUUCAAUUUAUUUUUGUACUGAACCCGGAAUGAAUGCAUUUUAUUAAUGUGGAAUUUUGGAGUUGUAUAUAUAUAAAUGA